CCGAGGACGUGAAUUCGCUGCCACUGUUGAACACUGGAGGGAGGCCUGCCACUGCUCCUGGCAGACAUGAAGUCGUACUUCUGGUGUGUCUUGGCCCUCGGCUUCCAAAUCGGAGUUUUAACAGGAGAAAUCAAUGACUCAGCCAACCAUACGAUGUUUUCGUUUCACAGUGGACGUAUCCAGAUUUCUUGUAAAUACCCCGAGACCGUCCGACAGCUCAAAAUGAAGUUAUUGAAAGGGAGAGAAGUCCUCUGUGAGCUCACCAAAACCAAGGGAAAGGGAGACGGGGUGUCCAUCAAGAAUCCGAAGUUGUGUCCAUAUGAGAUGUCCAACAGCAGUGUUUCCUUUUUCCUAAACAACUUGUACGGUUCUCAGGGCAGCUAUUACUACUGUAGCCUGUCAAUUUUUGAGCCACCUCCUUUUCAAGAAAAGAUCUCUGAUGGACAAUAUUUGUAUAUUUACGAAUCACAGCUCUGCUGCCAGCUGAAGCUCUGGUUGCCUGUAGGGUGUGCAGCUUUUAUUGUGGUAUACAUUUUUGGAUGCAUACUUAUCUUCCGGUUUGCAAAAAAGAAGUACGGAUCCAGCGUGCAUGACCCCAAUAGUGAAUACAUGUUCAUGGCAGCGGUCAACACAGCCAAAAAGUCUAGACUUGCAGGCAUGCCCUCAUAAUCUGGACCACUCUGGCAUCCAUGGAGGAAGCACCCUGACCAGUUCCCCUGAAACUUGAACGGAGAAAUUCUAUUUUCUGGACCACAGGGCAUCUGACUUGAUCUGACUACAGCAAUCUCCUUUGGGUAUUUUGUUUGGAUCAGUGACUAUUGGGCACUCAGAAUUUCAACAGACUGCCUGGGAAUUGCUGAGUUCUUUUAAGGCAAACACCUUCUUAUAGAAGGUCCCGCUCAUGUGUACUCAACAAACAGACCUCACUGGCUUAGAAUCCCCUCUCUCUGCACCUGCUUCUAGCUACACACCGGCCAGUAAAACAAACACACCGACAACAUUUUCACAAAAAUGCCAAGGGUAUUAAUCUGCAAAGUGCACGGGCAGCCAAGGGCCAGCAUCUGCCCUCAUUUUUCAGAUUAUUCUUGCUGUAGUGAUCAAUAGUCCUUCUAGAACCAGACAGCAGAGGGAGAUGCUUCAUAACGGUAGCUCUUGUGUUUCUGAGAUGUUGAUGUAUAUAUUGCAUUGAACUCAUAUAUUAGUGCCAACACAACAUUCUCUUCCAGCUUCUAGACUCCAGUUCAUCACUGCUCGAGGGGUUUAGAUGCCUUCUCUUGCCUUCAAUUUUCCCUUGAAAGAUUCUUCCACAUGUCUGCUUGGCAGCCUGCAGCCACUCCAAGGAGGAAGUCUACAUUUCCUCCCUUCUGUUGCUCAAAAAAAAAAAAAAAUUAGUGGAUAUAAUUUUCUAUAUUCUCCCUGCCAAAGUAGUUUUUUUUUUCCUUCCAAGACAUCUUAUUUUCUCAAAUUCAGUUAAAAUGUGUUGAUACUAGUGGUAGGAAACAUUGCUCAGAAUCAAGAGCAAAUUAAUUUUGUUAUUGUGUUUUCUACCAUUAUCUGUGUUUCCAUGGUGCUAUUAAUCACAAGCGUAGCUAUUUUUGUAGAUCAUAUUAAAGUUGCAAGCAAGCAAAGCAACCCAUGGUUAAUGGGCAAAUGCUCUCCUGGGGUAGAAUGGAUGAUCUAUUUAGCCUGAAAGCUACAGUUUCUGGAAAUGGCAGCCAAACUGUGGCCAUCCUUCCUCUGGAUUUGACAGAUGGAAAUGGUUUCCAUGAGCCUGUGCUGGAAUGCCAAGGUUGGGAGAAGUCAUUGAGCCUGGGACAAGCAGCUUCCUUUGGUCUCUAGGAUCUGUGAAGAUGCACAGAGGAGCCAAGACAGAGUUCCCUCUCCUCAAAACUAUGCAGCCUGGAAGUCAGCCCUGGCACUUUAGGAUAGUCUUUAGAACAUGAGUUAGCUGGAAGGAUUCUGAAGUGCAAGCAGUACGUGAUUGCUCUGAGCUGGACCAUUUUCUCCACGUUCCUGUCUGCAUGCCUAAGGCUUCUGGAGCAGCCAAUGUGUAUGCAACAUUUUUUUUUUUUUUAAACUUUAAGUAAAACAAGGCUGCUUCAUAGUCUUAAAUUGUAGUUGUCUACUUACAGUUUACUUUAAAAGUGAGACCUGAUGUAUCAUUAUAUACUUAUUAAGUUAAGCAUGUGUAAUGCUGGCUAUGUACAGUACAGUACUGAACUUGUAAUUUGAAUCAAGUAUGGUAUUCUCUCUUUUCAGCCGACUCAGGCAGCCUGGCUGGCUUUGCAAGGGCAUUUCCCUGAGUUAGAUGUACCUUUCUGGGUGGGGGUGAAGGUGCGGAGGCUGGCCUUCACAUUGUUCUAUGAAGGAUCUCCAUCCCAACACUGAACAGUUAACAAUGAAUUAUUAAAGAAUGAAAUUUCUGUGAAAUAGAAACUGGCUUAAAGAGGAGCCACUUGUUACAAGAUAUUAGCAAUAGUAAGAGUUAAAGGAUAAACAUUUGUGUCUAGCAAUGGACUAUAAUCUCACUGUUUUCGGGUGGGGGGGCAGAGAAGUGAUGACCUUAGCUGCCACAUACAAAUUAGCCCUUGCUUUCCAAUGACUUGUGUGCUGUGUAAGAUAUUUGCUUCCUUCAUCUUGCUCUCUCCUCUUUAAACUUUGAAAUAUCUACAAACUUCUAAAAGAGCCAGAAGCACAGGACAAAGAGUAUUCUGCUUCUGAGUUAGUUCUGCAUUGACCUCCUAGUCCCAUGGAAUGGUGCUGCCCAUUUCCUUCAGAAAAGAACGGUGUACUCUGAGGACUGGACUACCGCCGAUAUCAGAAGAUUACAAUCUAGUCUUCGUUCUGCAUUCAAGAUCUGCCCCUUGCUUCUAAGAUACAUGUAGGAGCUGAAGGUUCUCCUGGGGACUUCCCUUUGUGUUCAGUUGCUCUGUCUCUGGAGUGUUCGGUCUGGACAGUUCUUCAGUCUGUGACGGCUCUUUUGCAUACCACAAGCCAUUAUUUUGUAGAAUGUUCCUUGUUCGGGCUACUCUGAUGCUUCUUCACGAAUAAAAUGAGGUUAUUCAUCUUUCUCAGAAAUAACACAGAACUGGUAUUGUGUUCUUCCAAUUGCGCCCUAAAGGGCAGCUCACAGCUUUGGUUUGUUAUGUUUCUGCUAAUGUUCAUUUUCAUCACUUGACUAAGGUCAUGUCUGUCACGCUUCUCCAUUGUAAAGUUAAUAAGUAAACCCCCAUAGUUAAUAAACUCUUUUGUGAGAAAGUA